GUGAGUAGGUAUACGUAGUGAUAUCAUGGAACAAUUUGCGUCAUAUUAUUUCCUUUUAGAAAUAUGGAUAUACAAAACAGGUCACCAAGAAACUGAUUCGUUCGAUUUUUACAAUUUCUACAAUUAACUGUUAAAGAUGACUUUUUCACAUAUAUUAGGAAUAACAGUAUUACUGUUAAACAUUAUAUUAACUACUGGUCAACGUCCCUCCGCUAUUGGACAAAAUAUGCUUGGUCAACGUAACAUAUUUGGGAUGCAAGGAAUGCAAGGAAUGCAACGAUUGUUAAAUGCUCAGAGACAAGGAAGGCAAUUUGGACUUAAUGGAGGGGUUCCAUCUCCUCCCGGUUUCCAACCAUUGACUAGACAGUUGUCAAAUAUGUUACCAAUGCAACUUCGAAAUGCUUUACCGAGAAAUCCAUUUAAUUCUCCCGGAGUUAGUGGUGUUAAUACUGUGUUGAAUGGAGGAGGACAAGGUUUUACAGGUAGAUUUGGGGGAGCUACAGGAGACGAAUUGACGAGACAACUGUCUCCUGUUCCUGCAGAUGGUGCUUCAACGACUGGGUUUGCUGGAGCAGGUUCCCAGACAAAUGGUGCCACAACUGGAGGUGGUGCAACAGCUCCAUCUCAAGGCUUUAAUGGGGCUCAAUUUGGAAUUCCCUCGUUCCCCGGUUUUAACCGAAUACAAGGACAACCCUCAAAUUUUGCCUUUCGGAGACCAGCUGGUAUGCCUUUUGGACAACGAUUACCUGGAGGUUUUCCAGGUCAACAACCAAGAGGUAUCCCAGGUCAACAACCAACAAGAGGUAUCCCAGGUCAACAACCAAGAAGUGUUCCAGGUCAACAACCAAGAGGACCUAGAAAUCAACCCCAGGCUGUUAUGCCUCAAAAUAUUGGUAGUAUUGACAUGAGCAGUUUACAGCCAGGACAAAAUCUUGGUAGUGGGAUCCAACAAACUAUGACGUUCCCUUCUCAAACAGCUCGCGCACAACCAGCAGCAAAUCAAUUUCCGACAGCAAACGCAUUUAUUCCCCAGCAAGGUCAAACCCCUGAAAGACCGUCACAACAGACAAUUGGGAUGCAACAAACAUUUAGACCACCACAAAUAUUUGGAUCUGGAACACAACAAAAUUUUGGAACACCUCAAAAUUUCGGAGCACCGCAAAAUUUCGGAACACCACAAAAUGUCGAAACGCCCCAAAAUUUCGGAACACCACCAAAUUUUGGAACGCCUCAAAAUUUUGGAACACCACAAAACUUUAGAUCAACACAAUCUAUCGGAACUCAGCAGCCAUUUGCACCACAACCAGCUAAUAUUGCUAAUAGAGGUGCAAUAGCACAACCAUCAGGAGUUCAAUCCGUAGCAUUUCCUUCACAGACAAUUACACGACCUCUGGGGUUUGGUAGACCUACAUCGGUAGUAAACAUUCCCCCUGGUGCACCUGCACUUUUACCAGGUGAAGUUGAAAUAGCACCACCAAUUAGUCCAGCUGAUGCUGCAGUAUUGCAAGGAGGUGCUAACGGUGGUCCUCCUACGGCUGUUUCGGAAAUUAUUACAAUAUCUGAUAUAAAUGGAAAUAUAUUAUAUAGAGGCGUUGAUUUGUCUGAUACAGAUAUAGAAAAAAUUACACAGCAGUUAGUUAAUAAUAUGACUAAUGAACAAGCUGCAGCACAGGCCAACAAAGGUCGUGAGCUAGAAGCUCAAGGUCAGCUCGACUCAAUUGGCAUGCCACUGUCUGGGUCAACAGGUCAAAGUAAAACCACCGGAGGACAAACAACAUCUGGAUCACAGCAACCUCCACAGCAACCUCCACAACAGCCUCAAACAUCCAGUGGAUUUACUGGUCAAGGAUUUUCUUCAUGGGGACAACCUUCACAAGGAUUACGUUUUCCAGGUCAGGGAAAGGUGCAGGUAGUCGGUGAUAGUAGGACUGUAUUGAAUUUGAUAGACCCUCCUAUUAACCAGGUUAUCAGAGCACAAACAACUGUAGCACCAGCCAGAAGAACACGUCGAUAGUACGUCUGUAUACAGACAAAUUUUGCGUCCAAGACGAAACUAAUAUGUGAGGGGCUUUCAUAUGUCAACCAUUGAAAAGUAAUCUAAUUACAAAACACAGAGACUGCUUUUGAAACAGCUUCUUUAUACUUUAACAAUAGAAGUUUAGUUUUUGAUAGUUUAGAUGAUCGGACUAUGCAGUUAUUUCUCAGAAAUCAAUUAAAGAGUAUGCUUGUAUGAUCUGACAAUGCCUACAUAAGUUUAUACACCAAAAAGUAAACUACAAGUCAUAUAAUAGUGUCUUUAUGUUUCCUUUAUAUUAUGUUGUUAAAUGGUCAUUAAAGAAUAAAAAAAAAGUUAUUAUUUUUAAUACUGAUUAUUUUAUCGGUAGCUGAACGCUUUAUAUUGGAAAUGGAAAUGUUUUUGUUGUUGUUUUACUUUGUAUAUAGCAGUUCAAUAAAACAUACAUGUGUU